AUGUCCACUGCUCCUAUCAAACCCCGCUCCUCUCAUGGGCCCAUCAGAACCGCCAUCCUGGGAACAGGCAUGUCCCUAUCAGUAUUUCACCAACCGUCCAUCGCACACUUGCCUGAGCACUUCGUCCUACACUCGAUAUACGAGCGGACUCCUAAAGGAAGACUCGAUCCUUUGACUGAGUCGGGCAAACUCCGGGAUGUGAAAGUGGUAAGAAAUUUAGAGGAAGUGUUGGAAGACACAGAAGUGGAAUUGGUCGUGGUUAGUACACCGAAUAAUACGCAUUAUGAAUAUGCCAAGAGAUGUUUGAAUAGUGGUAAACAUGUGUUGAUUGAAAAACCGAUUUGUCCAACAUACGCAGAAGCUCAAGAGUUGUACUCACUUGCCGAAGAUAAAGGUUUAAUACUGGGUGUAUAUCAAAAUAGAAGAUGGGAUAGUGAUUUUUUGACUUUAAGGAAGUUACUGGAUGACAAUACGCUCGGUAAAAUCACCGAGCUCACCUCUUCAUUCGAUCGAUAUCGACCAUUGCCCUCCACCUACACGCCCGGAACGAAUUGGAAGGAAACUCCUGGUGAAUCGAACAAUGCGAUAUACAAUUUAGGUAGUCAUCUGAUCGAUCAGGCUGUUGUCUUGUUUGGUAAACCAGAAAAGGUCCAGGGUAGGGUAUGGGACUCGAGAGGUAUAGGAAUGGAUGAGAACUUCGAGGUCAAUUUGUUCUAUCCAUCUCAAACAAUCACGCUCAAAGCCUCCAUUGUCUCUGCAUCACCUCAUCAACUUCGUUUCCUGGUGAAAGGAACCAAAGGUACAUAUACCAAAUACACUUUACCUUCUUCACAUCCUUCCCUCAAGUCGUUUGAUAGUCCGGUAGAUCACGAGGGAUUCGAUAGUGAGCCUGAAGAUGGAUGGGGGACGAUGUGGGUCGCGAAAGAGGAGAGGGAUGGUACGGAUUUUACUGAAGAAAAAGUCCCAGCUAUUAGUGGGAAUUACAAAGCUCUCUAUGAGAAUCUGUACGAAUCGAUCAAUUCAGGAGAUAGAAGUAAAUUAUCAAUCAAGAGUGAACAGGUUCUGACGGUGUUGAAGAUUAUUGAAUUGGCUAGGAAAAGUUCGGAACAAGGUAGAGUAUUGCAUUUCGAGUAG